UGUGCAAAAGUGCUCUCGAGAACCAAACCGUGGCUGCAAGAUGAAAGACGUCGAGUUUCAAGACAUCGAGUAUGCGGUCAACGUACGCAAAAGUUUCCUGAGUGAAAGCCACAAACGGAACAUCCUGAAGGGUGUGAGCGGUGUCUUCCGGCAUGGACAAUUAACAGCAAUUAUGGGUCCCUCCGGGGCUGGCAAAAGUAGUUUGCUGAAUGCAAUUUCUGGCUAUCGCAAAUCAGGCGUCCAGGGUACGGUACAUCUGAACAAGAAGGCAUCCUGCUACAUCACACAGGAAGAUCAUCACCAACCGAUGCUGACGGUCGAGGAGUUGAUGGCAAUUGCGUGCAAGCUUAAAAUCAAAGAUCAAUCUGACUGUCAGGAAACGAUCACGGAAGUACUGUCCAGCCUGAACCUUAACCAUCGGCGCAAUGUGACGGCCGAACGAUUGAGCGGUGGCGAACGGAAGCGGCUGUCGAUUGCGCUGGAGAUGGUUGCCAAUCCGUCCAUCUUCUUUCUGGACGAACCGACGAGCGGGUUGGACGAGGUAACGGCAGCGAACUGUGUGCGGCUGUUGCGCGAUCUUGCCCGCCAGGAUCGGACAGUCGUGUGCACGAUUCAUCAACCUUCGGCGAGUAUUUUCGCGCUGUUUGAUCACAUAUACGUGAUAGCUCGGGGCCAGUGCGUGUAUCAGGGUAAUCCGAAGGCGCUCGUCCCGUUUCUUGCCCACCUAAACAUCGAAUGUCCGCGGCAUUACAAUCCAGCUGACUUUAUUAUUGAAAUCUGUGAUAGUGACACCCAGGAACUCAUUCCAACGCUUGCCAAUGCGAUGCAGAACGGAAAAUCGAUCUGCUCCGAGCUUCAGCUUACCGGUGCGAUUGCGGCCGGCGGUUCCGGACCCACCUCGCUCUCCUCCGAUCACGAACCAUCCUCGCUCGAGCCGGUUAGCGAGUUUGUGCUGAAGCCGACCGUUACCUCGAUGAUACUGGAUCGGCAAGGUCCGCACGUUAGUACGUUGGUGCAGAAGAUGAAACAGAUCACACGCUUCUUCCACAACCGGCACGCCGUGUCUGGGUUCGUGCAGUUUUGGGUGCUGUUUCGGUUGAUGUGGACGAAGAUUAUACGCAACCGGACGGUGCUGUGGAUUCAGCUGAUACACCACAUAGCGUGUGGCAUUUUUAUCGGCCUAAUAUUUUUGAACGCCGCCAACGAUGGAGCCCGAAUGUUUGAUCAUCUGAAGUUCUGUCUUGGUGUGUGCUUCUUCUUCUGCUACACUCAAGUAAUGGUACCAAUUUUAAGCUAUCCACGAGAGGUAAAGCUGGUCAAGAAGGAAUGCUUCAAUCGCUGGUAUGGCUUGUUUCCGUACUAUCUUGCCCUGACAUUGUCCCGACUACCGGUUCAGCUGCUGCUCAACAUUGUGUUCACCCUGCUAGUUUACUGGCUGUCCGGUUUGCCGCCAGAGUUCUUCCGGUACUGUUUGUUCGCACUCGUCGGCAUUAUCGUGUCGCUGUGUGCGGAAGGCUUCGGUCUGAUGAUUGGUGCCACCUUUAAUGUCAUGAACGGUUCUGCCAUCGGUCCGCUAACGAUUGCACCCUUCCUCGGGCUUGCCAUCUACGGGUUCGACUUUGCACCUCAGAUUCCGGUACUUAUGCAGUGGCUAAUGCGCGUAUCCUUCAUCCGCGGUGGUGUCGUGUCCGUCGUUUUGGUAGUGUUCGGUUACAAUCGGGCCCGGCUCGAGUGUAACGAGAUGUACUGCCACUUUGACGAUCCGAAGGUUCUACUGCAUUACGUACGCAUCGACAACACUACGCUACUGUUCGAGCUGACCAUUCUGAUCUCGAUGACGCUCUUCUACCGGUUGGUGUGCUACCUGAGCUUACGGAGACGGUUCUACAAGUAGAGAAUCGAA